CCGAAGAAAAAAAAAAGAGGGUAAAAAGUUUGACACGUUUCCAGAGACAUCCAACUGUCAGAGUCGCAGAGGAGCAGGAUUUCUUUACCGUGCGCUUCAGACUGCUGGACAGGCGAGAAAAUGAUGAGCACUUUCAAUUUAGAUAUCGGACCACUGAAAGAGCCCCUGGCAUUCAUUCGUGUCCUGGAAUGGGUUUUCGCCAUAUUUGCAUUUGCAUCGACCGGCACUUAUUCUGGUACCACAAGCUUUAAUGUCCUGUGCCAAAAGACUGAACCUAUUCAUGAAGUCAACGUCACCUUCCAGUACCCUUUCAGGCUCAAUCAGAAGUCAUACCACGUCCCAACCUGCAAAGUCAAUGCCUCAGGUGAGACCAAGGAGUAUCAGCUGAUUGGAAACUAUUCAUCUUCGGCUGAGUUCUUUGUCGCUGUUGGAGUCUUGGCCUUCCUCUACUGCACCGCUACACUUGUGCUGUAUCUGGGUUACCAGCACCUGUAUCGUGAGUCAAACCGUGGACCAAUUAUAGAUCUGCUGAUAACAGGAAUCUUCACGUUCCUGUGGCUGGUGUCCUCCUCUGCCUGGGGAAAGGGUCUGACUGAUGUGAAACAUAGUACAAGUCCAAAUUCACUUGUCACCGUAGCUGAUGCUUGUAAGGACCAACACAAUAAUUGCACAGCAGGUGCAGUUCCUGCCCUUGGCCCCCUCAAUUCCUCAGUGAUUGCAGGAUUCCUCAAUCUCAUUUUAUGGGCGGGAAAUUGCUGGUUCAUCUUUAAAGAGACACCUUUCCACAAAUCGUCAGUUCCUUCAGCCACUCAGCAAGAAGGAAGGCAGCCUUGACGGAAGAAGUUAUGUCUAAUCACCAAGUUAUACCAUGAAAAGAAGAGAAAGUCCCAAUUGCUUCUGUUGACAGCUCUGCUGCAACAGCAAAACUAAAGGAGAUACUGGACAGCGUUUAUAAUCCCCAUGUGCCACUGGAAAAUAUUCACAGCGGAGAUCAUUAAUUCAAACCCUAACCAGGGAAGAUACACAGAAGCUCAAUUAAGAAGUUAAAUUUGUUCUCAUCCUGCUUUUUUGAGGGCAAAUUUAAUUCCAGCAAAAAGAUAGCUCCACUUUUUUUGUCAAAUGCAUGGAUGAGUAUAUUAUGUUACAAUGUUUUUACAUAUCUUUAAAAAAUAACUGUUGUUCUUUAAAAAAAAAGCCAUUUUGCUCCUUUGAUAGGAUGGCUCACCAGCACCUUUCUACCACUGAGGAAGGACAAGCCAUGUAGGUACUUAGGUUUGUGGAGCCAAAUGACCGUGAACCUGUACAUUGUUAUUACCACAUAGAAAAUAAUAGUAAGCAUUUAGAAUCUUUGGUGAAUAGAUUACAUUAUAAAUGUUAGACAGAGGAAAGUCAUUGUUGAAGAAGGUUUUCAGACUCUCCCAUAACAGACAAAAAGUUGAAAAUAAAUUUAUCAAUAGAGGCAGAAAUAAAAAAAAAAGUCAAAUCAAGCCAUCGUAGUGUGAGCGUGUAGCAAUGUUACGCAGUUUUGAAACGGUACACAGCAGUGGUUUCAGUCUGGAACCUUUAAUGUGGUUGAAAUUAGAGCAAUACUGGCACUAAAUUAUUCUUGUUGUGAAUUAUACGGGUACCUAAACCGUUAUGUUAAUUUCAUUUUGUUGAGUUAUAUCAAGACUAUCAAAACUGAGCUGUUUCCGAUGGACAAGAACAAUACAAAGCAUAAGCCAUUCAAAUGCAGGGUAAUGUUACAAUGCUUUAUCUACAUGUUUUGGUAUCAAUUAUAGGAACUGUGUAAGUGCCUCACAAAUUAAAAUAUGCUUGUCUGAAUGUAAUUCUGAAUAAUGAGCACUGCAGGCAUUGUUGCAUCUUUUAAAGCAACAGCUUGAAACUUACCAGGAAACGGUAUUUUUGAAGGAAAGAAAUGGUUAAGAUGUUACUGGCAGGCUUUAGGUACAUUUUUACAGUUCACACACAAUGUUUUUUCUAAGCUGGUUAUGGAAACUAUACAUUUCUGCAUGAAAAUGAACGUGUUGACAUUCUACUGAUAGUAUUACAUGUUUUGUGAAGUAUAAUAUGUUUUGUUAUAUAAUUUUUCUCCUGUUUUUAUAGACUUGAAUUUGAGGUGACAGUUUUUUCAGUAUGCUGUAUGUUUCUAUGUAGUUUUAUAUUUUAACCCCUGCAGUAAUUAGCGUUUUCUAUCAUCUCCAGCAAUAUCACCACUAUCUUAGUGACUGAAUGUAGUUCUGUCAAUGUAUUUUGGCAUGUAGACCUUGAAAAUAUAUAUAACAAAGUAAAUAAUGUUUUCCUUCCUUUUUGCUUUUGUUAAACCAGAAGUGCCCAGUCCUGGAGACCUCCCACCCUGAAAAGUUCAGAUCCAGCACACCUGGCCUUCAUUACCUGGAUCAGGCAUGCUCGAUUUGGGCCGGAGCUUAACUUUGCAGGGAGGUAAAUCUCUAGGAGCAGGACUGAGCACCCCUGUGUUAAACACUGCAAAACUGAUAGGCAGGUGCUUAAGUUUAAAAAUACUAAUUGGCAGUGUUCUGUUGAAACAAAUUUCUUUUCUUGUAUCUCAACUUUUGUUGUCAUAUAUUAACAAAGUGUUAAAAAAAUACAAUUUGACCUUGAAAUGUGCCUUAAUUAAAGUGUUUUCUUAAUAGUUUAA